AUGGCGGAAGUACAAUCAGACCUGAUAAUAUGGCAGAAGUGCUUAGAAAGAAGAGGGUUGAGAGUCAAUAGAGAGAAGACUGUAUAUAUGUACUGUAACUUUUCUAAUGCCAAUAUUAUUGUUAUUCCAUGUCCUUCUAUUGAAGGAAGUCCUCUUAAGAGAGUUGAAGAGUUUAAAUAUCUCGGAUCCAUUGUAGUACCAAAGGCAUGUAUAGAAAGUGACAUACAAAAUAGAACCCAAACAGCUUGGUUAAAAUGGAGAUCGCUGUCUGGCAUUCUAUGCGACUCCCGUAUGCCUACUAAAAUAAAGGGCAAUGUAUACAAAAGAGCAGUAAGACCAGCUCUGCUAUAUGGAUCUGAGUGCUGGCCGAUGAGAAAGACGGAUGAACAGAAACUUCACGUCACUGAGAUUAAAGUGCUACGUUGGUCUGGAGGAGUUUCUAGAACAGAUAAAAUAAGAAACGAUUACAUUCGUGGUAGUUUUAAGGUUGCUAUGGUGCACGAAAAACUUAGAGAAAAGCGUCUACGCUGGUACGGACACGUAAUGAGACGGGAUGAUGACCAUAUGACUAAAAGAGUUAUGAACAUAGAAGAGGGGAAGAAAGGCCGUGGACAACCACCAAUAACCUGGCUGCAAACACUAAAAAACGACCUGAAAUCUACUAACAUAUCAGAAAGGACAACACACAAUCGCACGAUGUGGCGCAAGAUUACUAGGAGGGCUGAUCCCAAUUAA